AUGGGAGCAGACCCAGAAAAAAAAGCCGGGAAGAUGGAACCCGUCAGCCAUGGUUGGCAAUCGUCUAUGGGAAGGAAAACACAGACAGCAAAACUCUAUCCUGCAGGCAGUAGAUUUCUCGCAUGGCUAAUCACCAGGCAGAGUAAAAAAAAGCUGAUUACGGAAACCACACCAAAAGAAACACUGAAUUGCGUGAACGAGGACAUACGUCAUACAGAUGACUCAAUGAAUGUGUCUAUUGAAAGCAGAAAUGCAGCUAGGGCCAAGAAGUGUGGACUCCUAACGCCAAAAAAUGUUCUCAGCAUAGGGGCAUGGAAUGUGCGGACCAUGUAUGAGACCGGGAGAACAGCACAAGUUGUCAAUGAGAUGAGAAGUAAAGUACCAGCACAUGAUUUAUGUCUUGUAAUUGGUGAUCUCAACGCUAAGAUUGGAGCAGACAACUCAUGUAAAGAAAGAAUAAUGGGCAGACAUGGUUGUGGAGAAUGCAAUGAAAAUGGUGGACUCUUAGUAGAUUUAUGUGGCUUAAAUGAUUUAGUUAUUGGAGGAUCCUUAUUUCCACACAAGGACAUACACAAACUUACCUGGAACUCACCAAAUGGCAGAGAUCAAAACCAGAUAGACCACAUAAUUGUAAAUGAAAGAUGGAGAAAGUCUCUGAUGGAUGUCUGUGUCAAAAGGGGAGCAGAUUGUGAAAGUGACCAUCACCUUCAACUUGGAAAGAUAAAACUUAAACUGAGAAAGGUAGUCAGACCACAGCAUAACAGAAAAGCAUAUAACAUGCACCGCCUCAAAGACAAUCAGAUAAGACAAAAAUUCAACAUCAGCAUAAGAAACCAAUACCAAACACUACAAAAUAUCAGAGAAAAUAACGACAACAUUGGUCCUGAUCUAAAUGAACGAUUGGCCAAUGAAGCAGAAGAGGCGUGCAAACAUGGAGAACUAAGCACUGUAUAUAAGAUCACCAAACAGCUAUGUGGGAAAAGUAACAACAAUGACACACCAGUUUUAAGCAAAAAUGGAGAGGUUUUAACAUCUGAGGCACAAAAACUUGAGAGAUGGGCAGAGAACUUUCGGGAAGUUUUAAACAGAGAACCACCAGACAUACCAGCUCAAUUUGAUAACACCGAGGCGAAAAUGGAAAUGGACAUAUCAGAAGAAAAAUUUGAACUUGGUGAAAUUAAGAAAGCACUUUGCAAGCUCAAAAAUGAUGCUAUGUCCUACACAAUGGAACCCAAUCCACCUGGUUCAAUGUACAAUCUGGAACUACGAACAGUAUGGAAAGCAACAUCAAUAUCCAGGUCCACAAAAAUCAAAAUCUAUAAUAGCAAUGUGAAAUCAGUUUUGCUAUAUGGUGCAGAGUCAUGGAGGGUUAUCAAAUCUGACUUCAACAAACUAUCAUCAUUCCAUAAUGCAUGUCUUCGUAAAAUUUGCAAGAUCUUCUGGCCAAAAACCAUCAGUAAUAAAGACCUCUACAACCUAACUUUUCAAAGAGACAUCAGAGCAGAAAUUAAAGAAAGGCGAUGGAAAUGGAUUGGCCAUGUUCUAAGAAAAGACAAAGAUGACAUUACAAAGAUAGCUCUUCGUUGGACACCAGCAGAGGGGAAAAGAAAGAGAGGGAGACAAAAAGAGACAUGGCGACGCACAAUAGAGAGUGAACUGAGAAUCAUAGGAAUGACAUGGGGAGAAGCAGAAAGAAAGGCACAAGACAGGCAACAGUGGAGGGCUUUGGUGGUGGCCUCAUGUGCAAAUGCGCACGAAGAGGAUUAA